GUUAAUGGUGACAGUGAAGGAAGGACCUAUUUCUGGUUGAUUGUUAUUGCAACUGCCAUGUAUGACUGGCUCUGUCGCUCCUUCCGCCAUCCAUCUUUUUCUUCAUCCCAAAAUGGCAUCAGGGAAUCGCAGGAGACAAACUCUGAGUCAAGGUCUCGACAAAGAGGUGUAUCAGGUGAUACGCAAACUCAUUGACGAGCGCAUGCAAUACGGCGAUGACUCGGACGUGCGACUCAAGUCCGCUACUGUCUACGACACCAUCAAAGCCUCCAACUCGAGCCUCAAUCGAAAGCCAAAGAAUCUCCUCCAAGAUAGUAUAGAACGGGUGCUGGAAACCAUCCAACAAGAUAGUCUUUCGAGUGAAGGCGAGGACAACCCUGUAUUCAACCAACAAACAGAGACAAGAGUCAAACCUUCAAAUGGUCUCAAUAAGAGCAUCGUCGGGGCUUGGGCAACGACCGCAUCCAAGAACUCUUCCAAACCCGACCUACCAACAGAUACUCCAUCUCCUUCAAAGCCGAAAAUGACCGAGGCCAACCCCUCCUCGAAACACAGACUCGCAAAUGGUGAACCGCCCUCCAAGAAACGGAAACCGACAAACUCGUCUACUUUGCCAAUGGAAUCCAGCCCUUCUCUGAAUGUGAACCUGGCCGAUCUAGGCGGCGUUGACCAGAUACUGGAACAAUUUCAAAACUUGCUUGUCCUCCCCAUGAAAUGUCCACAACUCUAUCUAAGGGACGGCAUUGACCCACCAACGGGGAUUCUCAUCUGUGGACCAUCAGGUUGUGGCAAGACUACAAUCGCCCAUGCCUUGGCCGCUCAACUACAGGUCAAUUUUAUGCCUGUCAGUGCUCCAACCAUUGUUUCAGGCAUGUCUGGCGAGUCAGAGAAGGCACUCCGUGAUCUGUUCGACCAAGCCAAGAAAGCAGCCCCGACUCUAAUCUUCAUUGAUGAAAUCGAUGCCAUCACCCCUAAGAGAGACAAUGCCCAGCGCGAGAUGGAGAAGAGAAUCGUUGCCCAACUCCUCACCUGUAUGGACAAUCUGUCCUUGGACAAAACCGACCUCAAACCUGUCAUAGUACUUGCAGCAACCAGUCGUCCAGAAACCAUGGAUCCCUCUUUGCGCAGAAGUGGUCGUUUCGACAAAGAGAUUUUGAUGCCUGUUCCUUCCGAGGCCGCUCGCGAACAGAUCAUACGGUCUCUCACCAGACAAUCCCGCCUUCCUGCAGACUUCAACUACGCCUGGUUAGCUAAACAUACCCCUGGCUUUGUCGGAGCCGAUCUCAAGAGCCUAGUCUCGGCAGCUGGAAGAAUCGCUAUCGAUCGAUGCAUAAAAACCCUCCAAGCUCAGGCAGACGCGUCGGUCAUGGCCCUGGACGACAAUCAAGAAUCAGACUCACAGUCAUUGUCAGUCGUUGCUCCCAGCCCUGCCGUUCUCGCCUUUAGUCGGUUCAAUCAAUAUAUCCAGGAAAUUGCCGACACUUUGUCCAAAGAGAAUGUCGAUGGCUCCGUACCCGACACCGGUUCCUUACCGUCUUCUCUAUCCAUGGCAGCGACCUUUGCAGAUUAUGUUGAGGCAUUGCCCAAAGUACAGCCCUCGGCGAUGCGUGAGGGCUUUGCCACCAUCCCAUCCACCACAUUUGCUUCGAUUGGAGCUCUUCAAAGCCAUAUCGACGAACUCGACGAAACGAUCAUUCAACCCAUUCUGCACCCCGAAUUCUUCGCCGCCUUGAGCAUAACCCCAUCGUCUGGUGUUCUCCUUUGGGGCCCGCCAGGUUGUGGCAAGACCCUUCUCGCCAAAGCCUGUGCUAACAGUUCGCACGCAAACUUUAUCUCAGUCAAAGGCCCCGAGCUACUCAACAAGUAUGUAGGCGAAUCUGAACGGGCCGUCCGGCAAGUUUUUACCCGCGCCCGUUCUUCCGUCCCAGUGAUUCUGUUCUUGGAUGAGCUCGACGCCCUUGUACCAAGACGAGAUGGAGCAUCGUCCGAAGCGUCAGCACGUGUCGUCAACACGUUACUCACUGAGCUUGACGGCGUGGGCGAGUCACGCGCGGGCAUAUACGUGGUGGCAGCAACCAAUCGUCCAGACAUGAUCGACUCGGCAAUGCUACGGCCCGGUCGACUCGACACGAAGCUUUAUGUCGGUCUACCAGAUGCAGAAGGCCGAGUAGAUAUCUUGCGGACCUUGUGCAGGAAGCUCUCUGGCUUUAUUUUCACCGAAGAGAUGGCAGAAUUGGCGCGGACGUGCAUUGGCUUCAGUGGAGCGGACAUGGAGAAUCUUGUGAAAAGGGCUGGGCACGCUGCUUACAGACGCCUGAGACCACAAGGGCCAGUGGAUAAUAUUCUUCAUCCAGUGACCGACGCUGUCCCUAUGACUUUGACGAUACAAGAUUUCCUAGCUGCAAGACCAGAAGUUGGUCGCAGUGUGAGUCAAGAGGAGACCGACAAAUUCGAGGAAUUACGAAGACAGUGGGGAAAGGCAUCAAGAUAGAACGUCUAAAGUGUUUGAUUAGAGGGAGAGGUUUCUAUAUCAGUCUGUCACGACAUUAUAUUAACCAUGUCCCAACCCGACCUCUCUACCAUCCAUUAACAUUAAACUACACCCGUCAUAUCACCC